AACAGAUCAGUCAGUAAAAAGCUCAAAGGCAAAGAAAUGAUCAAAGAACAGGAACAUUUCCCUUACCAUGAAGCUUCCUUUGAUCAACCCUCAUCAGCUGGAAGAUGGAGGAGGAGACUGCAGGUGGAGACAGGAGGGUGGUGCCUUGCAAGCCGAUGGUGGUGGCUGCAGGAGGAAACAGGAAGGUGGUGCUUUGCAAGCUGAUGGUGGUGGCUGCAGGAGGAGACAGGAGGGUGGUGCCUUGCAAGCCGAUGGUGGUGGCUGCAGGAGGAGACAGGAGGGUGGUGCCUUGCAAGCCGAUGGUGGUGGCUGCAGGAGGAGACAGGAGGGUGGUGCCUUGCAAGCCGAUAGUGGUGGCUGCAGAUGGAGACAGGAGGGUGGUGCUUUGCAAGCCGAUGGUGGUGGCUGCAGGUGGAGACAGGAGGGUGGUGCGUUGCAAGCCAAUGGUGGUGGCUGCAGGUGGAGACAGGAAGGUGGUGCUUUGCAAGCCGAUGGUGGUGGCUGCAGGUGGAGACAGGAAGGUGGUGCUUUCCAAGCUGAUGGUGGUGGCUGCAGAAGGAGACAGGAGGGUGGUGCUUUGCAAGCCUAUGGUGGUGACUGCAAGAGGAGACAUGAAGGUGGGGUUUUGCAAGCCGAUGGUGGUGGCUGCAGGUGGAGGCAGGAGGGUGGGGUUUUGCAAGCCGAUGGUGGUGCCUGCAGAAGGACAGAGGAGGGUGGUGCUUUGCAAGCCUAUGGUGGUGGCUGCAAGAGGAGACAGGAAGGUGGGGUUUUGCAAGCCGAUGGUGGUGGCUGCAGGUGGAGACGGGAGGGUGGUGCCUUGCAAGCCGAUGGUGGUGGCUGCAGGAGGAGACAGGAAGGUGGUGCUUUGCAAGCCGAUGGUGGUGGCUGUAGGUGGAGACAGGAGGGUGGUGCCUUGCAAGCCAAUGGUGGUGGCUGUAGGUGGAGACAGAAAGGUGGGGCUUUGCAAGCCAAUGGUGGUGGCUGCAGGUGGAGACCGGAGGGUGGUGCCUUGCAAGCCGAUGGUGGUGGCUGCAGGUGGAGACAGGAAGGUGGUGCUUUGCAAGCCUAUGGUGGUUUCUGCAAGAGGAGACAGGAAGGUGGGGUUUUGCAAGCCAAUGGUGGUGGCUGCAGGUGGAGACAGGAGGGUGGGGCUUUACAAGCCGAUGGUGGUGGCUGCAGGAGGAGACAGGAAGGUGGUGCCUUGCAAGCCGAUGGUGGUGGCCGCAGGUGGAGACAGGUGGGUGGAGUGUUGCAAGCCGAUGGUGAUGGCUGCAGGUGGAGGUAGAUGGUGCACACUGCAGAGGGACAGUAAAGAAAACUAUUUUGAAUUUUUAAAUUAA